UGUGCAGGACGCAGUCUCUCUCUCAUCCCUCCUCUCUCUCUCUCUCACUGUGCUGUAGACAGACUGAGGAGGCUGAGCUCCACAUUUCUCGGCAGAUCUCACCGGAUAAACUCACAGCCUGGAGAGGAGAAGCGCUGCGUAAAGACGCGCGCGAAGAGUUCACGUUUUACGCGUCUUUAUUUCUUUAUUCUGGGAUCUUUUUCCAACAUUUUCAAAGCAAGAAAGGACUUUUUUUUGCUUUGGGUUUCUCUCCCUGCAUGGAUUUAGAGCUCUGAGCGGACUUUGCCCAGCGGAUCCACAGCUCCUUCCUCCGCUCACGGCAGCUGUCGUUCACGUAUGUUCCGGGCUCUCUUUCUUUUGAUGGAUUUAUAAGCUCCUGGAGAAGGAUACACAAGGAGAGCUCCAAAUGAGGAUUUCAAUAUUGAGUCGUAUCGACCGGGACCAGGAGUGAUCUCUCUCUCUCUCUCUGACUGGUGCCAGUCAGCGCUGCUGAGCGGACGGACCGAGAGGAAAGGAUCCAGAUUUAGAGACUUUGUGGGUAUCUGGAGCUUCCGAUGCCAGCGACUGGAGUGUGAGGCCAAUCUCAGGCUUCAGACGUAUUUAUUUCUGCCUUUCAACCACAAGACACACGCAUGAGAAGAUGGCGAGGGUCUGCACGUUCUGCGUUGUCCUGCUCUGUCUGAUGGACGGAGCCUUGGCCAGAGCCAUCGACGAAGGACGGACCAAAGAUCUUCCGGUAUCCAGGCCUCUGAUCGUUCCAGGUUACCCAGAAAACACCACAGGGUUGGUGAGUGGUCAGGCGAAGCUGGUGUGUAAAGUCCACCGACCAGCAUCCACAAAGGUGCAGUGGCUGAAGACAGAGGUCGGCGCCCCGGGACGCAGCCAGGGAGGACUCGUGCCUCGCGUCCGAGCUCUGACGGCCCUGCAGAGCAACGCGUCCAAGGUGAACACUUUGCACCUGUCCAACAUCACUCUGGAGGACGCGGGCGAGUACAUCUGCAUGGCCGAGAGCAUGCACGCAGGGCAGACGGUGCAGGCGAUGCAGUCGGCGUGGCUGGAGGUCCUUCCUGGUACCAUCAUUUCCCGAACUGUGGAUCUGACUGCUGCUGAAAUCCCCUCAGAUGUUCUCGAGGACCUGAGUGAAGACACCACCGAACAUCUUCUGUUGGAGCCGGGCAACGUCCUGAAACUGCGCUGCGACAUGAGCACCCGACCCGGCAUGGCGGUGAACUGGUACAAGGAGGGAGGUCGGGUUCUGCCCACGCCUCGCAUCCAGAUCCGCGGCGCCAUCAUGGAGAUCACAGACGUCACCUACGAGGAUUCAGGCGUUUAUGUUUGUGUUCUCCGGGGAACCAAAGAGGCUGUGAGGAACUUCACCAUCACUGUGGCAGACUCGUUGGGGUCGGGGGACGAUGACGAGGAUAACGGUUUGGAGGACUCGUCAGCUGAGAUCGAAAACGACCAGGUUUACUUCUCCAGAGGACCCUACUGGACCCACACCCAGCGUAUGGAGAAGAAGCUGUAUGCGGUUCCUGCAGGCAACACGGUGAAGUUUCGUUGUCCAGCUAUGGGCAGCCCCAUGCCAAGCAUCCGCUGGCUCAAAAAUGGACGUGAAUUUAGGGGAGAGCACCGCAUUGGGGGCAUCAAGCUGAGACACCAGCACUGGAGCCUGGUGAUGGAGAGCGUUGUGCCGUCGGACAGAGGAAACUACACCUGCGUGGUGGAGAACAAGUACGGCUCCAUCGCCCACAGCUACGUCCUCGACGUCCUGGAGCGUUCCCCACACAGACCCAUCCUGCAGGCUGGACUACCAGCCAACACCACAGCAGUGGUGGGCAGUGACGUCCAGUUCCACUGUAAGGUCUACAGCGAUGCCCAGCCUCACAUUCAGUGGCUCAAACACAUAGAAAGGAACGGCAGCCGCUACGGUUCUGAUGGGACACCGUACGUUCAGAUCCUCAAGACUGGCAGUCUGAACAUGUCAGAGGUGGAGGUUCUCUACCUGUCCAAAGUUACCAUGGAGGACGCAGGAGAGUACACCUGUCUGGCUGGAAAUUCAAUCGGAUUUGCCCACCAGUCCGCCUGGCUCACCGUCAUCUCAGAGGAGGAAGCAGCAGUCGCUAUGGACACCAUGGAGACCAAGUACACCGACAUCAUCAUCUACGCCUGUGGCUUCCUGGCUCUGAUCAUGGCCAUUGUCAUCGUGGUGUUGUGUCGAAUGCAGGUCCAUCCGAGGAGGGAGCCGUUUGACGCCCUCCCUGUCCAGAAGCUUUCCAAGUUUCCUCUUCGCAGACAGUACUCAGUGGAGUCCAACUCCUCAGGGAAGUCCAGUGCGUCUCUGAUGAGGGUGGCUCGCCUCUCCUCCAGCUGCUCCCCAAUGCUGGCUGGAGUCAUGGAGUUUGAACUGCCCUACGACCCGGACUGGGAGUUCCCUAGGGAGAAUUUAACGUUGGGUAAACCUCUAGGAGAAGGCUGCUUUGGUCAGGUGGUCAGAGCGGAGGCCUACGGCAUCAACAAGGACUGUCCGGAUCCGGCCACCACUGUGGCGGUUAAGAUGCUCAAAGAUGACGCCACAGACAAAGAUCUGGCAGACCUCAUCUCGGAGAUGGAGCUGAUGAAGGUGAUGGACAAACACAAGAACAUCAUCAACCUGCUUGGAGUUUGCACACAGGAUGGCCCUCUGUAUGUGCUGGUGGAGUACGCCUCCAAAGGCAGUCUGAGGGAGUACCUGCGCGCCCGGCGACCCCCAGGCAUGGACUACACCUUUGAUGUGACUAAGGUGCCUGAAGAGCAGCUCACCUUCAAAGACCUGCUGUCCUGUGCCUACCAGGUUGCCAGAGGGAUGGAAUACCUCGCCUCUAAAAGGUGCAUCCACAGAGAUCUGGCAGCCAGAAACGUUCUGGUGACGGAGGACAACGUGAUGAAGAUCGCCGACUUUGGCCUGGCCAGAGGAGUCCACCAGAUCGACUACUACAAGAAAACCACCAACGGACGGCUGCCGGUGAAGUGGAUGGCACCAGAGGCGUUGUUUGACCGAGUGUACACGCACCAGAGCGACGUGUGGUCGUUUGGCGUUCUGAUGUGGGAAAUCUUCACGCUGGGCGGCUCACCGUACCCUGGUAUCCCUGUCGAGGAGCUCUUCAAGCUGCUGAAGGAAGGACACCGAAUGGACAAACCCUCCAACUGCACACAUGAACUCUACAUGAUGAUGCGCGAGUGCUGGCACGCUGUCCCCACCCAGAGACCGACCUUCAAACAGCUGGUGGAGGAGCUGGACAAAGUGCUGCUGUCCAUCUCCGACGAGUACUUGGACCUGUCGACACCCUUCGAGCAGUACUCCCCGUCGUGUGAGGACACGUCCAGCUCCUGCUCCUCCGACAACGACUCCGUUUUUACCCACGAUGCCUUGUCCACCGACCCCUGCCUCCUGGGCUACCAGGACGUGCGCUCACGGAUCGACAUGAAGACGGCGCUCCGAUAGACUGAAGGCACACAGACACGAACACAACAACACUACAAAGGGCUUUUUUUCGAGUAACUGGUGGCCAUAUUGGAGGUCCAUUCCUAAAGUUAAGUUAAAGUUUUAAAGUUUCUGGACCUCCAUUACGGCUCCAGACGAAGCCCUUUUAGAUAUAGGAGGACAUUUAAACACGCACAUAAAUAACACAUACAGAGACACAUGUAUGCACGUGGAGCACUGAGGCCAGUGGGCUUCUUUACAUGAUGAAGGUUUGAAGAGAAACAUUUCAUUGUGGGCAGAAGAGGAUGAAACAUGGGUACAAACGUGGUACUUUGGACUAUCAGCUCUGGCACUGUGCCCAAGAACAGUUGUAACGUUGGAAAACUGCGGCACUAAACAGAAGAGACCCUGGUACUCGAACGCCUCCUUCAGAGAGGUGGCGGACAACCUCACACAACCCAAAAACCAGGGCUCGAAACCUUGGUGAUAAAAGACAUUUUAACAAAAAAAAAAAAGAUUUAUUUUGCUAUGAUAUAAAAAGAAGAAACUGAUUGUUAAAUAUAAAUCUCUUUAUAUAAGAUUAUUUUACUUUUGUGUUGCUUAUUUAAAAAAAAAAAGAGUCUUAAAUCUCAGGAUCUCUUGUGCUAAGAAAGUUGCUGUAGCGGCAGCAAAGUGCCUGAAUUUAUGAUUUCCUGUGAAUAUAUUAGAAUAUUAAAAUAUUGUAUGUA